CAACAUCGCCGUGACCGCUUUAAGCCCCCGUUACAUAAUAUCUAACACUUUUCAUCACCCGAACCUAACUCCGAACCACACGUGUGUAUAUAUACCAGCACCAAAAGCAGCGACAGAGACUUCAAAGGUACCCAACUAUAAUGGGCUUUCCGCGAAUGUCACUCCAUGCUCCCCGAUUCACUGCUUUUUCUGCUUCUUUACACUGUUAAACACCGAACAGUUCUUCUUCUACUACUGCUGCUGCUUCAAUUACACUCAAUACAAGCAUCUUCAAUUGCUCAAUUUCCUUUUUCUUUUUUAUCAGCUCAAUCAGUUAUUAUUUAGGAUUCUUUAUCUCUUUUGGAAUUGGUAUAACUUGGUUUUGUAAUGUGGAGAUCUUGUGAGAUUACGUUGUAGCUGUUACUAAUUUUGAGCUUAGUCAGAUAAGAGCAGUGAUUGCUUAUAAUUCCCUAAUCUGUUGCGAAACAGAAAUAUGGCACAGAAUAAUUGGGAAGCUGAUAAGAUGCUUGAUGUGUAUAUUCACGAUUAUUUGUUGAAGAGAAAAUUGCAUAAUUCUGCCAAAGCAUUUAUGACUGAAGGGAAGGUUGCCACAGAUCCAGUAGCAAUUGAUGCACCUGGAGGAUUUCUAUUUGAAUGGUGGUCUGUAUUUUGGGACAUAUUUAUUGCAAGGACAAAUGAGAAACACUCUGAGGCUGCUGCAGCUUAUAUAGAGGCACAGCAAUUGAAGGCAAGGGAGCAGCAGCAGCAGCUACAAAUGCAGCAGUUGCAACUAAUGCAACAUCGCAAUGCUCACUUGCAACGAAGGGACCCCAGUCAUCCAGCUCUUGCUGGUUCUAUGAAUGCUAUGAAUUCUGAAGGAAUGAUGGGACAGCCAUCAGCCAGUGUCUUGGCUAUGAAAAUGUACGAAGAACGUAUAAAGCACCCUCAUUCUAUGGAUUCAGAGACAUCUCCAGCUCUAAUAGAUCCUAAUAGGGUGGCCCUUUUCAAAUCAGCAACUGGUCAUCAGGGCCAGCUCGUACAGGGCAACUCUGGAAACAUGUCUGCAGCUCUGCAGCAGAUCCAGGCACGAAGUCCUUUGACAACUGACAUCAAAAGCGAUGUUAACUUGGCCUCAACUCAGAAGAGUUUGCCUAUGGACCCCUCAAUUUAUGGACAAGCAAUUUUACAAUCAAAAUCCGGACUAGCUGGUGCAGGGUUAAAUCAAGGUGUAACUGGUCUUCCAUUGAAGGGUUGGCCAUUAACUGGAAUUGACCAACUACGGCCAGGUUUGGGAGUACAAAUGCAGAAACCUAAUAUGCCGACUCAAAAUCAGUUUCUUUUGGCUUCACAACAACAACAGGUCUUGGCACAGGCUCAAGCACACAGCAACCUUGGAAAUUCAAGUAACUAUGGAGAUAUGGAUCCACGAAGGUCAAAUCAGUUGCCUAGGGGUAACUUGAAUACAAAAGAUGGCCAAUCUGCAAGAAAUGAUGGAUCAAUAUGCUCUCCUGUACAAUCAAGCUCACCAAAGAUGAAAAUGGCUCAGAUGCAGCAUUCUUCGUCUCAACAGCAGGACCAGUUGCAGCAGCAGCAACAAUUGCAACAGAAUAAUAACAGAAAAAGAAAACAACACUCUUCUUCUGGACCAGCUAACAGUACUGGUACAGGGAACACAGUGGGUCCUUCGCCUAGUUCUCCUCCAUCAACUCAUACCCCUGGUGAUGGAAUAACAACUGCAAGCAGUAUGCAGCAUGUUAAUAGUGCGUCAAAAGGCUUAAUGAUGUAUGGUCCAGAGGGAACAGGAGGUCUUGCAUCGUCUUCCAGCAUGCUGGAUGACAUGGAUCGCUUUGGAGAUAUUGCUUCUUUGGAUGAUAAUAUGGAGCAGUUUCUUUCACAUGAUGGAGGAGAUGGAAGGGAUUUAUAUGGAACACUAAAGCAAAGUUCCUCUGACCACCAAAAAGAGUCUACUAAAGGUUUUACCUUUGGCGAGGUUGGUUGCAUACGGACUAGAAAUAGCAAAGUCACUUGCUGUCAUUUUUCUUCAGAUGGAAAGUUGCUAGCCAGUGCUGGACAUGACAAGAAGGUUGUCCUAUGGAACAUGGACACCCUGUUAACAGAGACGACCCCUGAAGACCACAAACUAGUUAUCACAGAUGUUCGUUUUAGGCCAAAUUCAUCCCAGUUGGCCACAGCAUCCGUGGAUAAAACUGUGCGAUUGUGGGAUGCAACCAACCCAAGCUAUUGCCUGCAGGCAUAUACCGGGCACACACCUGUCAUGUCCCUAGACUUUCACCCCAAGAAAACUGAUAUUUUCUGUUUUAGUGAUAAUGACAAUGAAAUCCGCUAUUUUAAUAUCAAUCCAUUCUCAUGCACUCGUGUUUCCAAGGGAGGCACUGCACAAGUUAGAUUUCAACCAAGAAUUGGACAUUUACUGGCAGCGGCAUCAGAUAAAGUAGUGUCUAUCUUUGACGUCGAAACUGAUAGGCAAACACACUCCUUCCAGGGGCAUUCUGAAAUGGUGAACUACAUCUGCUGGGAUGCAAAUGGAGAUAUUCUGGCAUCUGUUAGUCAGAACUUGGUGAAAAUUUGGUCUUUGGCCUCAGGGGAGUGCAUUCAGGAGCUCAGUUCCAAUGGGAACCAGUUUCAUUCCUGUGUUUUCCAUCCAAGUUACUCAACUCUCUUGGUGAUUGGAGGAAUCUCGUCAUUGGAGCUGUGGAAUAUGGCUGAGAAUAAGAGUAUGACUAUUCCAGCCCAUGAGAACAUAAUCUCAGCCUUGGCACAAUCUCCUGUCACUGGAAUGGUAGCUUCCGCAAGUCAUGACAACUCAGUUAAGCUAUGGAAGUAACUUCAGAUUUGAGUGUUGAAUUUUGCAGAAAGGUGCGAAGCUAUGGAGUCAUUGGGUGAGACCAAUUUUUCUCUUUGAAGUAUUUAUCCUCUACACAAAUGUAUCAAUUGAAUGUGUAACCUGUAGUGCAAUUUUUGUUUUAAAAAUGUGAUUCCAUUUUAUGAUGAUGAAGAAGCAUAAGGAGCAGUUUGUUUGGCGGCAGAUUGAGAUUGAUAGAUUCCUAGUUGUUGGUACCAUAUGUUUGUACAUAAACCUAAUUCUGAUCUUUGUACUGUUUCAGCCUGGCUUGGUUUGUAUAUCUUCCAAAAGGAUGUUAUCAAGUGAGAUUGUGUUUUCA